GAGAGCCCUAAAUUGUUAUGAUCUCAAUAUCUCAUAGAAUAGUCGUCACAUGAAUUUGGGGAUUCAAAAGUCCUCGCAUUCAUGAUACAUGCCGUUUGAUCAUACCAGUGGCUCAGAUUUUGAAGUCCUUUUUAGAUCCAUCGAUCGAUGUCUUACGAAGGCUUGGAAGGAAUCACAGUAUCUUUGAACAUGAUCGAUGUGAAACCAUACACCCCAAUGGGUGAGAAAAACAAAAACCAGGAGGACCAAAAUGCUGAAGGUUAUAAUUCCAAAAGGAUUUUUGUGGGAGGUUUACCACAUGAUCUAAGAGAUGAAGAAUUCAAGAACUACUUUGAGAAUUUUGGUAAAAUUACAGACUGGGUUGUAAUGUAUGAUAGGGAAAACAACAUGCCUAGGGGAUUUGGAUUCGUCACUUUUGAUUCAGAGGAGGCUGUGGAUGAUGUGUUGCGCAAGAGGUUUCAUGAAUUGAAUUAUAAGUCUGUGGAGGCAAAGAGGGCUCACUCUAAGAAUAGGAAUAACAUGCUGAUGAAACCUUAUGAUUGCUAUAAUCUUGGGACUUUCGGGCAUUGUAAUCCGUAUUGCUUUAGUUAUGGAGCUUCUUAUGGGUAUGGAUACCGUUUAGGGUAUACGUCUGAUAAUAAUAUUCAAAAUUUUGGGCAGUAUAAUCCUUAUUGCAUUAGUUAUGGAGCUCAUUAUGGUUAUGGACACACUGGAGGGUUUAGUUAUGGAGCUCAUUAUGGGUAUGGAUACACUGGAGGGUUUGUGUAUGUUCCAAAUCCUUAUAGUGACCUUCGGACUCCUAUUUCUUGGGCACAUUCAAUUGAUUAUGGUGUAUGGGGUAGCAACUUCCCUAACAGCCCCAAGUCAACUAGCCGAAACUGGACGGAGCUCCCAGAUGAUGUUACCGCGUUGAUAUUGUCACGUCUAGGAGCAAUCGAGAUCUUAGGGACUGUUCAGAAGGUUUGCAUGAGUUGGCGCAAAAUAUGCAAGGACAGUCUUAUGUGGCACACAAUUGACAUGCGCAAUGAUGGUUAUUCUGGAGUUUUUUUCUCCCUAAAGAUGGAGAAGAUAUGCCGCCAGGCCAUUGAUCGUAGCUCUGGCAAUCUGGUUGAUAUCAAUGUGCAGAACUUUGGUAGCGAUGAACUUCUCAAGUAUAUCACUAAUAGUUCACCUGGAAUCAAACGUCUCCGUUUGGAAAAUUGCUAUGUGACAAACAAGGGAUUAAUUGAAGCCGCUUCCAAACUUCAGCUGCUAGAGGACCUUGAAAUUUCAAGAUCACCAAGGUCAUACUCGCGUCAAAGUGGUCAAACUCUAGAAGUGAUUGGGCGCUCUUGCCCUCUUUUAACAACAUUCAAGUAUAAUGGCAGCUGGCAGAGAUUUUACAAACGUAGGGCUACUAAUGAAGAUGCACUUGCCAUAGCGGAAACAAUGCAUGGUUUACGCCAAUUACAGCUUUUUGGGAAUGCAGUGACUAAUGAUGGCUUGGCGAAGAUUCUUGAUUGUUGCCCUCAUCUUGAGUCACUUGAUCUGCGGGAUUGUUUCAAUCUUAAUCUGGGAGGAGAUUUGGAAAUAAGAUGUUCUAAACAAAUUAAAAGACUGCAGCUUCCAGAUGAUUGUCCUGAUGAUGAUUCUGAAUCAACUGAGUCUUUUGGAGCAUAUGAUCGUGAAGCGAGCGACUUUGACUUUUGGUCAGGUCACGACAUUACUUCCGAUUCUGAUACCGAAUAUGAUGACUAUGACGUCGAUGAUGACUACGAAUUCUCAAUUGGAAAAGCUAAAGGUCAAUUUUUCGACUUCUAUUUGAAAUAGAGAUCGAUCUAGAGGAGGGCUGGAGUUUGUAAGAGAGGAGAUAUACAAAAAGCUUAAUACAUUGCUCUAUGUAAAUGUAUUUGCUGGCAAUGACAUUGAUCUUGUGGCAUGCUUUACAGAAAGCUUGCGCUAUAUAUCUUGUGAACACUAAUAGGCUUCAUCAAUGAAAGUAAA